AUGAGCCUGUUUCGAGCUGCUCCUUCGAUUGAUAGCUCUGUUUCAUCUCGGCUGCUGAAGCUCGGCAUAUUUCUACUGCUUGGCCUGCCUGACUCGAAAGCAAAAGCCAUUUGGACAGCACAUCUGAAUAUCACGUUUCAGACGGGGAAUCGGGUCAUAUCAGAUCUAGAAGAGAGCGGCGUGUUUGGCAACCAUUCUCCUCUGGAAAGAGUGUCUGGUGUCGUGGUACUUCCUGAAGGAUGGAAUCAGAAUGCUUGUAACCCCAUGACCAAUUUCAGCAGGCCUGAACAGGCAGACUCAUGGUUGGCCCUAAUCGAACGGGGAGGCUGUACUUUCACACAUAAAAUCAACGUGGCUGCAGAGAAGGGAGCAACUGGGGUGAUCAUCUACAACUACCCAGGAACGGGCAACCAAGUAUUUCCCAUGUCUCAUCAGGGAACCGAAAAUAUAGUGGCAGUGAUGAUCGGGAACUUGAAAGGCAUGGAACUUUUGUACUUGAUUCAGAAAGGCGCCUAUGUUACGAUCAUCAUUGAGGUGGGAAGAAUAAAUAUGCCCUGGGUGAACCAUUAUGUCAUGUCUCUGUUUACCUUCCUGGUGGCCACAGUUACUUACCUUUUUUUGUACUGUGCUUGGAGACCUCAGAUGCGCAAUUCUUCCAGGAGUAGGCGAAGACAGAUGAAGGCAGAUGUGAAGAAAGCUAUUGGCCAACUUGAACUGCGAGUGCUCAAGGAAGGGGAUGCAGAACUGGAUCCAAACGAAAACAAUUGUGUUGUGUGCUUUGACACAUACAAACCCCAAGAUGUAAUACGUAUCUUAACUUGCAAACAUUUUUUCCAUAAGGCAUGCAUUGACCCGUGGCUCUUAGCCCACAGGACAUGCCCCAUGUGCAAGUGUGACAUUCUGAGAACCUAA